AUGCGUGAAGCUGGUAUCGAAAAAGCCCUAUAUUACCGCACCAAGGAGUUUGACAGCUACUGCAAAGGAUAUCCCAAAACGUCGGAAACAUCUCUUGUGGAUACAAUCAAGAAGUGGGAGGUUCAAUAUAGACCUCAUAUCGAACAGCUAGAAACGCGGAUUCUCAGGCUCGGGAAAGAUGACCUGAUGCGCGUAUCCGAUCUUGACAAUCCCCAAGUUUCUGAGAGGCUGAAAAUUCAGGAGUCCUGUUGGAACUGUGCCAGAAAUGAAUGGGCCUUCCCCAACGAGGAAGAAAGCUUCAAGGGACUUGGCUUGCAGACUUUCUCUCCUGAUAUGGAAUGCGUACCCUACGAUAACCAAUUAGUGUCAGAAUCUGGUGGAGAUAAAUCCGCAUUCAUCUUCCUCUUGCCUAAAGACGACAGCUCUUUGCUCGUCUGUUCCAUCGUUCCCGUGCGCGAGGGAGAAUUUUUAGGUGUUUUCGCUGGUAAGAUUCGUUUCUCGGAAAUCUGGAGUCCCACACACGGUAUUCGCGGUCCUGUUGACAAUCUGUGGCUCGACUAUUCACAAGUCACUGGCACGCUGAACCAAAUGCUCGUCUCCGAACCUGGUGGUUCCGCAAAUGUUCGGACCCAUUGGGAAUUAAUCAAUGAUGAUGUUGACCCAGAAAGCUGCGCCUCAUGGAGAGUUUCUGUAAAAGCCACUAAGUCCAUAGUGCCGUUCGAACAUCUCGUUCGUCAGGCUGCUCAGCAAGAGCAAUAUGUGUUGCACUUAUGUCCUGAGUAUGCAAAGAGAGGCUUUCUCGAAAUUUGCGAAACUGACUGA